AGUACAUUGACGAAUUCCGUAUUUCUGUGUCGUGUGUUCAUUUUAUAAAUCAACGUUGUUCACAUUAACAAACUAAUAAUCGAAUUACAAAAACGAUCAAAUAACAUUACGAUUGUGUCUCUAGUGUCGCUCGUGCAGUAUUGACAUUGUUUUGUUAAGAUACGUAGUGCUUUAGUACGUUCAAAUAGAAUCUGUAACAGGUGAAUGAAAUCAUAACACGGAAUUAAAAUGUUCGAGCUACGACGAUAUUAAAACUAGAUAUUGUUGUGCCGUCAGGGUUUUUUUUUUCGUUUCAUUAUUAUGUAUCGGUCAGCGUGUUCGCGUAAAUUUGUGACAAACGUUGCUGUGACGAGAUAGUGUCUGAGAAAUGGGUGAUAGGUUAAAACACCCAUUUAAAGUGAAAACAAAGACGGUGUCUGUAGUGUUCGAAGAAAAAUGGAUUUGAUCACAGACCUUCCACCUCUCAGUCCUGGAUUCAUUACGGAUUUGGACUUCGAUGCGUAUAUGGGCCCGGUCGGAGACAGCUGUUACACAGCUCAGAUCGACGCCAGGCGAAAUGGAGGACACCAACUACCGGAGAGCCCGCCAGAUUCUGGAUCGGAGAAUCCGUACAGUCCCUCUGAAACCCAGGUGCAUACCAUAGCCGUACCACAAACGGUUCUCAACGCCGAAUACAUGCUAGUCCACGAACAUUUACCAACCCACGAAAUACUCCAACAAAAUGGAGAUUACAUUUACGAGGAGUUGAAAUCGGACAACUUGGACCAGGAUGUGCUGAGGAGUAAUCUGAACGAUGUGGUCGUUCUGCCUCAAGAUCAGAACUUGGAGUUAGGGAUACGGCAGGUUCGCCACGAUCUUGGUCUGACCGACUCUGUAUACCCGAACAGAUUUGGACAGAUGAGGGUCGACAUGCAAGAGCUGGAGCAAGGCAUGAUAAGCUCGCAACUGGUAUCUCUAGGGCACGAGACUCUGACUCCUGUAUAUACGAGCCUGCAAGAGCCUAACGUGAAGAAGAGGAAAUUAUCCCAAGACACAAGUUCUCAAGUUAAAUGUGAGCCAGCGGCCUUAUCUCCGGAAACAGUGCACCCGGUCAGAGCGCCCGCUUCGCUUGACGGCUCUGAAGCCGGCGACGAUGCGCUCUUACAGUGCAUCCGCUUCGCAUCAUUUCAAGAGCGAAGCUGGCAUCUUUUGUAUGACUGCAAUCUGAAGCCACUGCAAACUCCCAGUUACGUGGUCGGAGCCGAUAAAGGCUUCAACUAUUCUCAAAUAGACGAUGCUUUCGUCUGCCAGAAGAAGAAUCAUUUCCAAGUCACCUGCCAGAUACAGAUGCAGGGAGAACCGAAUUACGUCAAAACCGCUGAUGGUUUCAAGAAGAUCAGUAGCUUUUGUCUACACUUUUACGGAGUGAAGGCCGAAGACCCAAGUCAAAGAGUCAGAGUUGAGCAAAGCCAAUCGGAUAGAACAAAGAAGCCCUUUCAUCCAGUACCAGUGGAGAUACGUCGUGAGGGUGCCAAAGUGACAGUCGGGAGACUCCACUUCGCGGAGACCACGAACAACAAUAUGAGGAAGAAGGGGCGUCCGAACCCUGACCAGAGACACUUCCAGCUGGUCGUGGCCUUGCAAGCCCACGUGGCCAAAGAAGAUUACAUGCUCAUAGCCCAUGCCAGUGACAAAAUUAUUGUCAGGGCGUCGAACCCUGGCCAGUUCGAGUCCGACUGCACGGAGAGCUGGUGGCAACGAGGAGUUGCAGAAAACAGCGUCCACUUCAGCGGGAAGGUCGGCAUCAACACGGACAGACCGGACGAGUCCUGCGUCGUCAAUGGAAACCUGAAAGUCAUGGGCCACAUACUCCAUCCUUCGGACGAGAGAGCCAAACAUAACAUAGAAGAGUUAGACACGGCCCAGCAAUUGAAAAACGUGCAGAGCAUCCGGGUUGUCAAAUUCAACUACGACCCUUCAUUCGCGGAGCACUCUGGUCUGCUGGGUUACGACCCCGGGCGGCAGGGUCCGCAGCUGGACACCGGAGUCAUCGCGCAGGAGGUCCGCCGCGUCAUACCAGAGGCGGUCAAGGAGGCCGGUGACGUCACAUUGCCCAACGGCGACACCAUACCCAAGUUCUUGGUCGUCAAUAAGGACCGGAUAUUCAUGGAGAAUCUGGGCGCUGUCAAAGAACUGUGCAAGGUGACUGGAAACUUGGAGUCCAGGAUAGACCAGCUCGAGAGGAUCAACCAGAAGCUGUGCAGGAUCACCGUCCUGCAGCGGCGAGGCAGCUCCAGAUCAAGCAUCAGCAAUGACUCCCGAUACUCGGCAACAUCGAACUCUUCGAAAUCGCUCUACAACGACAACGUGUCGAUAGAUCAGAUACGCGACAUCGCCAGAAGCAUCCGCAGGCACGAGUGUUGUCACAAAAUGAACCACAACUCGCCGAGGUACACCAGGAAGCAGUGCAAGCAUUGCCACAGCAGCUCCUCAAAAUACGGAAAAUUUUACAACUCGAAUAAGACGUGCUAUCGAUACAACGAUAAGGAGAAGAUCGAUAUGGCCGGCCCUAAUUAUGUCGAUAAAAUGUUGCCAGACGACGACUUCGUUGAGUUGCCGAAGAAGAAAGAUCACUGUCUAUGGGUUAGGAGCGAAGACGAUUUCGCGUAUGGCAACACUAAAUUGGGUUUUUGCUGUCGGAAAGACUACGGGGAUGCCAGCAGCGAACUGAUCUCCAAUAAGUUUUUGCAGAUCAUCAUAACUAUAUUGGUGUUCGUUAUGGCUGUUUGCCUCGUCGUGAUAUCGGCGCUAUACUUCCGGGAGCACCAAGAGCUGCUGACGAUGAAGGAGACACGGAUGCACGAGAAAUUCUCCAGCUACCCUCAUUACUCGAAACUGAACGCGGGUAGCGCGCACAAGGCGCCGCCUGACCAUAAUUUGAUACAGAAUUUAAAACCGUCCCAACACGUUUUGCCCAAGAAAGUCAAAGAGAAAAGCGGCCUCAAGACCACCGUGGACACGACCACGGCCCCCACGGACCCACCACUCACCAGCACAACGCCGCCACCCACCAAGAACUACAUCAGCAGCCUCAUAAACACGAUCCAGGCGGCGGCGCGCGGCGAGGGCGUGGUCGCGGCCAGUCGCACGGCGGACGUGGUGGGGGGAGGGUGCGUCUUCGCGGCCAACAGCAACAAUGAGCUGGAGCCCGACUGUCAGUCGUCGUGCGGAUUGGACCCGCCGCAAACGUACGACAGUAGUGAGCCGCUUGAGCGUUCCAAGCCGGACAAGGAUUCGAACGAGACCUUCAUAAGGCCCAUCGAACCCACGCACAGGGACAAACUGCCGAACAUCCCCAUAAUACUGGAGAAAAACAACUCGGAGACCUUGAAAUACAAAAUGAAUGAAGAGGUCAUUGUUUACGCGAACUAUUUGGACAGCAAAGCGAACGCCAGCGACGUCAGCUCGAAGAGAUACAAAAGGGACGCCGAAGAGAUGCGGAGUAGUUCCGAAGAGAUGAACUACGGCGAACCCGACAAAGAGAUCGGACCCGACUGCGACACGGUCCGCGUGGGCAUCCGGUCGGAACAGACGAGGAACAUGUCGCUGUUCACGGAGACUGUGUGCGCCGCCAGCACGCACAACUACACGUACGCGGUGCCGCUGUCGCACUGUCUGCACCACACGCACGUGGACCUCACGUUCCUGUCGUCGAAGCUGAAGGAGCACCGUCUGUGCGCCGUGCAGUGCAACUACGAGGACACGUCGAAGCACUGCGAGCACGGGCGCGAGCUGAGCGGGCUGGCGGCGGGCGCGGGCGCGUGGGGCGUCCGGGUGCCGCUCGAGUGCAACAUCGACAGGGUCAUGAGGAUCAGGUCCCGCUACGUGCACGGGAAGCCCGGCUUCACCAACUGGGAUCUGUGCGGGCCGCAUCAAGACCACAAGAUGCCCUUCGUCGAAUUCAACAUUCGCAUGUACAGCGACUGCGGUAGUUAAACAAUUACCAUAGUCUAAUAGUGAAUCAACAGACAACCUUUGGAUGGAACGUCGAACUUCAAUCGGAAUAUAUAAGAAUACAUACAGUGCCGUUAGAGAAUUAUAACGUACAAAAUUUACCCGCGCAAUGUAUCACAAAUAAAAAAUUAGCUGGUGCCCGGGGUCAUUGGCCUCGAGGGAGUCGGGCCGUCGAUUACCGUCAAUGUAUAUUGCGGGCUCACCGAACACUUUCAACUUAAAUGACAUUGAAAUACGCAGAAUGACCAGAAGAGACACGAAACUAACAGAUAGAAACUUGGCUCUGUUUUAACUAACUUCUAAAAAAGGAGGAGGUUCUCAAUUCGACUGUAUUUUAUUUUAAAAUGUUUGUUAUUUGUAUUAGCUUUAUCGAGUUAAUAUUUUAAGAAAAAGAAAAAAACGAAAUACGUACGUACACAUAAAAUUUGAAGCGGUUUGGAGUGAACACCGAAUAUUCGUAUGUUUUUUAAUUACUAAAUUACUUGGACGAGCUUAUUAUUAUUUGGUCACUAAAGUCCAUGGACAUCAACAACGUAAAUAACGGCACGCUGCUUGAGACACGAGUUCUAAGUCUCAGUUUUUCAGCACAGCUUUUUCUAUAUAAAGCAAUCAUUGAUUUCAACUUAGAGCUUACUAUACACCGGCGGUUCAUCCCCGUUUCGGCACAGGGAACUGAUCCGUGCAGCCCGUUUAGUAAUUGACACUAGAUAUCGGAGUUGACAUUUGACUAUACUGUCAAUACGUGACAAGCUUUUACUAUAAAAGUCUUUGAUUAGUGCUUAUUGCGUCAGAAGUAUCAAGGUAACCCAAAGAGCAUUAGAGAGGGCUAUGCUUGGAGGUACCCUGUGAGAUUGAAUCGGGACUGAGGAUAUUAGAAGAGAUGGCGACUGAAAUGACGUGACGUCGGUAGGACUGCCGGAAUGUAGGUGUGGGGGAUCGCUCAUUAUGGUGAGCCUUGGGAAGGUCUGCAGACUGAUGAUGAAGAAACCACAUAGAUACCUUUUUUUUGUUUUUUCUUUUCCUACCUAUGCUGAUAGCCUUAAGAGGCUAUGUCAGCGUUACCGGACAAGUAGUUGAGCUCACGGGGCUCCAACCUGGCGAAGUUUCUAACACUGGCCUUAGCGAGAGUAGUGCUUCGCAGAAUCUACCGCCGGAUCGGAAACGCGACCCACUGAGAAGAUCCGGCGAGAAACUCAGUGGGCUGUGUCUGUGGGUUAACUUACUCGCCGAGUCCUUCGUCAUAAGCGACGGGUUCGACGAGACCGGUAGAUACUUUGAUGAAAAUACUCAAAUAUCUAAUGAUGAAAUAUCUAUAACGCGUUUAAAGAUCUCGUCGCCAAUAAGGAGUGACAUUCUCCAUGAAAUUCAGUUCCCAGUACAUAUAUAUUAUGUUAUUUAAAUCUAAAAAAAAAAACUAAUAAAUUAAAGAAUAUAAUCGCUGUUAAUUUUUCUUUUUAUUAUCUUAUUCACUGAGGUAAUUGGCUGCUAAAUCGUCUCGUAAUAUUUUUGGACGGUUUGAUCUAAGAACUAACCAUUAAAGUGUAAAAAGAUUUCUUAAAACACCGCAGUCUCGGAAAAUCAAUCUAGAAAUGAACCAAGUAUUGAAUUUAAGUAUUAGGGCAGUUUUUUUUAAAUAUAUUUUCCAGUCUAUCUCGUUUGUAAGCUGUAGAAGUAUUAGGCAAAAGAUAAUCUCCUUUCUGAAGAUCUGAUUUAGAUAUACAUUAAGUAACUCGAUACGUUAUGAUAAGACGGAGUCGUCCGAACUAAGUCAAAGUUCGGCGAAGUGAGGAGAAGUUUUACACGAAGCGGGCAGAAGUCGUGCGAAGUUAAUUUCGAGCGAUUGCCUUCUUUUGCGGGAGUCGUAAUCUUUUGAAUUUUAUAAGUUUUAAUAAUUAAUUCUAAAUUUAGUAUAGGUACGUAAUACAUUCCCCAGUUAUUUUUAUGUAUAUUUUAAUAUAUUUACAAAAAAAUGCAGCUCUCAUUUUCUUUCGUUAAAUUUAUGUUUAAAAGUAUUAAUUUUAAAAAUAUAAUUUUAUUUAUACGAAUUGAUUAAAAAAAAACAGAAAUACUCAGUGAUAAAUAAUUAUCAUUCGUGCGUGACCUUUGUUAAUUGUUUUUUUAAAUAAGAUUACUUUUAGAGAGAAAAUGUAAAUCUAUAUUUUUUUUAAUGUAUUAUUUUAAAAGUCUUCAUAAACAUUCCAGUUGUUGUACUUAAUUAAUUGUAAGCAAGAACACGAGGAUAACAUAUAGAAAGAUAACUUUAAAAGGACCAUAGGAAGGAGUGGGUAUAUCUUGCCGUCUCUCACGUACCAAGAUGGCGGUCAUUAGGUCGUAUAGAACUACCCUCAAUGCGAUUUGAAAAGUGUUGUAACGCGAACAUUCCCGAAGGGUAUUUAUUCUACAUUUCAUUUUAAAUGUCUUAAUUUUGCAUUAAAUACGUGCGUGACAAAUAGAUGAAUAACUCAAUAUCUCAAUAUCACGCCAACCGAUUUCGAUGAUUAUUGUUUUUAGUGUAUAUUAAUUUGUUUUGGAAUAUCUUUUUUUUUUUCUAUUUGAAGUCGGUUUUUGUUAAGGCAUGUCUAUUUACAAUUAUCACUCCAUACUGUAUGUGACCCACUCCUUAAAUUAAAAUAAAAUAAACAACAUCGAUUCCCUCUGAUAUUUCCUAGAGUAUUUAAAAUUUAAUAUUAUAUAAUAUAUAGUAUACAUUACUUGUAGUACGUGGAUGUAUAGUAUAUAUUAUAUUAUACGUAAAAGAAAUUUUGCUUAUGUAAUUAAAGCUAGGUAAUUAUUGUUCAAAUAUUUAGUAUCUCUUGCCAUAAAAAAGUAGAUUUACAAAAAAAAAAGUUGGUGGGUUUGUUGUAAUUAGUAUUAAAAUUAAAUUAAUAGAUUUCAUCACAAUAUUGAAAAAAUAGUUUUUUUUUAGAUUUUAUUUUUAUUAAAAAUAUCUAUGUGUCGAGACAUUUAUAUUUUUAAUACGCUUUCAACAUACAUAUUAUAAACUAUUAUUUUAAAUAACUUAAAUUAUGCAUUGAAAUUUGAAAAGUCAAUAUUUAUUUAACAAAUAAAUUUUAUUAAUACUGUUUGAUUAUUUGUUUAGAAAUGUAUUAUACACGUUUUUUUUUUUUAAUUAAUUAAUUAACACUAUAAUUAUUGGUAGCAAACGUUUAUGGUAAAAAAAAAACUCAAUUUUUUAAUAUCGGUACGUCAAAUUCAUCGUUAAAAUAAGAAUGUUCGGAAAAUAAAUUAUUUAUAUUUAAUUGUGUUUUGGUUAUGUACGCGCGUGAAAAGCUUUGACUUGAAAGCGCUAAAAAUAAAUAGAUUUCGAUUGAUAAUAACAAGGUCACUGUCUAUAGAAAAAUCAUUAUUUUCCUACCUAUUCGUUGGUAGUCUAGGGGGAUAUACCAGCUACGCCCGGACAAGAAAAUCAUGGAAGUGAUAGACAAUGCAUCUAAGUAAGUACACAUGAGGCCGUCAGGGCAAAAGUGACCUACGCUUAUCAUAGUUAGUAUGGAGGUAAUUAAAUUUGAAUUUUCAUGAAUUUAAAUUUGAGUAGGCAAAAAAACAAUACGCGCAAAAAUAAUGUUUACAAAGCCAUCUGUUAUCUAUGGGUGAAACUAUGGAUAGGCCGGUUUUGUAUCAAAACUUCUUAUCUUUUGAAUAAAUAGCAGUAUAUAAAUCCGAAUAUGAAAAUUUGUUGGCUAGGCCACUUUUGCGCUGACCGCCUCAUAUAAGCUUGAAUAUAAAAAAUUGUGAGUUAGGCCACUUUUGCGCUGACGCCUUCAUAUAUGUCGCAAGAUAUCAAACUUUUAUAUAUCUAUUGUUAAAGCUCUUGAAAUGAUUAUGUAAAUCUAUUCGCAAACAUUUGUCAUUAGAACGAUAAAAUGUCCAAUAAUGUUUUAUUUUUAUAUAAAUUUUGUUUUUAUUUAUUAUGAUUAUAUUAAAUACUAUCGUUUAUUGAAUAUAGUUUUAAGAUAUCCGUAAUAUUACGUGUCCACUUUGUAUUGUGUAAGUUGUAAUUAAAUUAAUAAUGUAGACGUU